CGGCGCACCAGUAUCUAACUCGGAUCUAGAAUAGUUAGGAUUUACGAAAUACCAGCUUUCCCCCCCUCUAGUCUCCACCCGCAGAUGAUUAUCACUCCGAGGUUUCUGACUUCCGCAGGGCACCCUACUAAAGGGCAAGACCCGGAGACCCCGUUCCCGGAGCUGGAAUGGGGCCAGAGCGGAGGUGGAGUCAGAGCGGAAACCUAACGGGGGUCAGGGGUUCGGCUUGGGGUGGUGGGGAAUCACCCCGGAGAGAAGGCAGCUCGGUGGCUCUGCCCCGGGCCGGAGGGAGAGGAGUGGCGACGAGAGAAGGCGCCCUUCUGAGCCACCCGGGUCACGGCCCGCGGGCGGGUCCCGGACGCAGACCAGCUGGGGUCGCGGCCUUUGGCGGCGGCGGCGGCGGCGGCGGGAGAAGAGCCCAGGCCGCCGUGCGGGUGCGCCUCGCACCGGAGACCCGGAGCGAUGAGAGUGCAGGUGGAGUCUCAGAAAUCCUGGAUUGAAGGAGUAUUUGAAAAGAGAGAAUGUAACAAAGUCAUACCGAGUUCAAAAGACCCACACAGAUGUACUUCAGGAUGCCAGGUGUGUCAGAAUUUAAUCAGAUGUUACUGUGGUCGAUUGAUUGGAGACCAUCAUGGGAUAGAUUAUUCCUGGACCAUGUCAGCUGCAAAGGAUGAUGAAAAUGAACAAUGGUCUGUUGAGAAACACACAACGAAAAGUCCUACAGAUACCUUUGGCACCAUUAACUUCCAAGAUGGAGAUCACAUCUACCACUCCAAGUAUAUCAGAACAUCUUAUGAUACAAAACUGGAUCAUCUUUUACAUUUAAUGUUGCAAGAGUGGAAGAUGGAAUUGCCAAAGCUGGUGAUCUCUGUCCAUGGGGGCAUCCAGAGCUUUAAGAUGCCUUCCAAGAUUAAGGAGAUCUUCAGUCAAGGUUUGGUCAAAGCCGCAGAGACCACAGGAGCGUGGAUAAUAACCGAAGGCAUCAAUACUGGAGUGUCAAAGCAUGUUGGAGAUGCCCUGAAAGCUCAUUCCUCUAACUCCUUGAGAAAAAUCUGGACAGUUGGAAUCCCUCCUUGGGGUGUCAUUGAGAACCAGAAAGAUCUUAUUGGAAAAGAUGUGGUGUGCCUAUACCAGACUCUGGGGAACCCCCUUAGCAAGCUCACCACCCUCAACAGCAUGCAUUCACACUUCAUCCUGGCUGACGAUGGUACCGUGGGCAAGUAUGGCAAUGAAAUGAAACUCCGGAGGAACCUGGAAAAAUACCUCUCUCUGCAGAAGAUACACAGCUGCUCAAGACAAGGCGUGCCUGUGGUGGGGCUGGUGGUGGAAGGAGGCCCCAAUGUCAUCCUCUCCGUGUGGGAGACUGUCAAAGACAAAGACCCAGUGGUGGUGUGUGAGGGCACAGGCAGAGCUGCUGACCUCCUGGCCUUCACCUACAAACACUUAGGAGACCAAGGGAUACUGCGUCCUCAGGUGAAAGAGGAGAUCAUUUGCAUGAUUCAGAGCACUUUCAACUUUAGUCUGAAACAGUCCCAGCACCUUUUCCAAAUUCUAAUGCAGUGUAUGGUGCACAGGGAUUCUAUUACCAUAUUUGAUGCUGAUUCUGAAGAACAGCAGGACCUUGACUUAGCAAUCCUAACAGCUUUGCUGAAGAGAACAAAUUUAUCAGCGUCAGAACAAUUAAAUCUGGCAAUGGCUUGGGACAGAACAGACAUUGCCAAGAAACAUAUCCUAAUUUAUGGACAACAUUGGAAGUCUGGUGCACUGGAACAAGCAAUGUUAGAUGCUUUAGUGAUGGAUCGGGUAGAUUUUGUGAAACUCUUAAUAGAAUAUGGAGUGAACCUCCAUCGAUUUCUUACCAUCCCCCGACUGGAAGAGCUCUAUAAUACAAAACAGGGACCUACCAAUAUGCUCCUGCAUCAUCUUGUCCAAGAUGUAAAACAGCAUACCCUUCUCUCAAACUAUAAAAUAACAUUGAUUGAUAUUGGAUUGGUAAUAGAACACCUCAUUGGUGGAGCAUAUCGCAGCAGCUACACUAGAAAAAAUUUCAGAGCCCUCUACAACAACUUCUACAGAACAUAUAAGGGGGCCAAUAGCUUUCCUCAAAGCCUUUCCCAGCAUUCCCUUCACCGGAGACGCCACUCGGGAACUAGAAAUGAGUCUGCGGAAAGCACACUGCACUCUCAGUUCAUUAGAACUGCCCAGCCCUACAAAGUCAAGGAAAAGUCUGCUACAGUCCUGCAUAAAUCAAGGAAGAAGUCAAAAGAUGGACAGACUCUAUCAGAUGACCCUGAAUCUCCUGGCUUCACUUACCCAUACAAUGACCUCCUGGUCUGGGCUGUGCUAAUGAAAAGGCAGAGGAUGGCCAUGUUCUUCUGGCAGCAUGGAGAGGAGGCCACGGUUAAGGCAGUGAUUGCGUGUAUACUCUACCAAGCAAUGGCCCGUGAAGCUGAGGAGAACAACAUGGUUGAUGACACUUCAGAAGAGUUGAAAAAUUACUCAAAACAGUUUAGCCAGCUUGCCCUGGAUGUGCUGGAGAAGGCAUUCAAGCAGAAUGAGCGAAUGGCCAUGAAGCUGUUGACCUGUGAACUCAAGAACUGGAGCAACUCCACCUGUUUGAAACUGGCAGUGUCUGGGGGACUGCAGCCUGUCGUUUCACAUUCUUGUACCCAGAUGCUGCUGACAGACAUGUGGACAGGGCGCCUGAAAAUGAGGAAAAACUCUUGGUUAAAGAUCAUCAUAAGUAUUCUUUUGCCACCCACCAUUUUGACAUUGGAAUUUAAGAGCAAAGCUGAGAUGUCACAUGUUCCACAGUCCCAGGACUUCCAGUUCACGUGGUACUAUGGUGACCAGAACCCCAGCACCACCAAAGAAAAUGCUUGCCCGAAAAAUCAUGACUUGGAAAAAGGCUCUGAUGAAAAACAGGAUGAAAAUCAGCACUUUGAUAUAAAGAAUGGGCCCAAAAGCCUUCCAUGGACCCGGAAACUCUAUGAAUUCUACUGUGCUCCCAUUGUCAAGUUUUGGUUUUAUACGAUGGCGUAUUUGGCGUUCCUCAUGCUGUUCACUUACACGGUGUUGGUGGAGAUGCAGCCCCAGCCCAGCGUGCAAGAGUGGCUUGUUAUCAUUUACAUCAUCACCAGUGCGUUAGAGAAAGCCAGGGAGAUCUAUAUUUCAGAACCUGUUAAAUUCACUCAAAAGGUGAAGGUAUGGAUUAGUGAUUACUGGAAUCUAAUGGAAUCUGUGGCUAUUUGCCUGUUUUUAGUUGGUUUUGGUCUUCGGUGGGGUGAGCCUCCUUUUCGCACAGCAGGAAGACUGAUAUACUGCAUCGACACCAUAUUUUGGUACACACAGCUCCUGGACUUCUUUGCUGUGAAUCAACAUGCAGGUCCAUAUGUGACCAUGAUUGCGAAAAUGACAGCAAACAUGUUCUACAUCGUGAUCAUAAUGGCCAUAGUUCUACUGAGCUUUGGAGUGGCACGCAAGGCUAUCCUUUCUCCGAAGGAGCCUCCAUCAUGGAGCCUAGCUCGAGAUAUAGUAUUUGAGCCAUACUGGAUGAUGUAUGGAGAAGUCUAUGCCUCAGAAAUUGACGUUUGUGAAAGCACACCAUCCUGCCCUCCUGGUUCUUUUCUUACCCCAUUCCUGCAAGCUGUCUACCUCUUUGUGCAAUACAUCAUCAUGGUGAACCUGUUGAUUUCUUUCUGCAACAAUGUUUAUGUGGAAAUGAUAUCCGUUUCUAAUAAACUGUGGAGGUACAAUCGCUAUCGCUACAUCAUGACCUAUCAUGAGAAGCUGUGGCUGCCCCCUCCCUUCAUCCUGCUGAGCUACGUGGGCCUCCUCCUCCGUCAUCUUUGCUGUCAACGCACUCCCAAUGACCAAGAAGAGGGGGAUGUUGGAUUAAAACUCUACCUGAGUAAGGAAGAUCUGAAAAAACUUCAUGACUUUGAAGAAGAAUGUGUGGAAAAAUACUUCCAUGAGAAGAUGGAAUGUCUGAACUGUAGUUCUGAAGAACGAAUCCGCGUGACAUCGGAAAGGGUCACAGAGAUGUACCUGCACAUGAAGGAAAUGAAUGAAAAGGUGUCUUUUAUAAAAGACUCCUUACUGUCUCUGGACAGCCAGGUGGGACACCUGCAGGACCUCUCUGCCCUCACUGUGGACACCCUCAAAGUUCUUUCUGCUGUCGACACCUUGCAAGAGGAUAAGGCUCUCCUGGCCAAGAGAAAGCAUCCUACUUGCAGAAAAGUUCCCCACAGCUGGAACAAUGUCAUCUGUGCAGAGAUGUUAGGCAGUGUGGGACUCUCUGGGGGGAAGAAAUUGCAGUACUACAGCAUGCCCCCUUCGUUGCUGCGGAGCCUGGCUAGAAGCCAGCAUCAGCUAGGAUCACAGCGGCAAGUCCUUCUGGAGAUUACAGACAGUCAGAGAGAGACUACCAGUGUGAGCGAUGACCAGAAACAGCAAGCAACAGAAACUAGAAUUGUUGCUUCUGGCAUGUCCCUCAACAGGCAAGCACACUCCAAGUAUGGCAAGUUUCUCCUGGUCCCUUCUUAUCUAAAGCAAGUUCCUUUUUCUGCAGAAACUAUUUUGCCUCCGUCCAGACCCUCUAUGGAAGCAAAAGAAGAUGUGCUGGCAACUGAGCAGGUGUACCAAAGUGAGGUUACUGAUCACCCGAAUUGGCAGACACCAGUAGUCUCAGAGCAGGCAUCAGUGGCUGAACCCCAGGAACAGGACGAGCCAGUCACUCAGACACCAGACAAACAGGACAAGGUAGAGCAAACUCUUCCCACUCUGAGUUGCACACCUACACCCCUGGCAAUGACCUCCCUUCCUUCCCAAGCCAAGAGCAGUUACACUGGAGGCGGAUAUGUGAACUGGGCAUUUUCAGAAGGUAAUGAACCCGGUGUGUUCAGCAUCAAGAGAAAAUGGCAAACCUGCUUGCCCUCCACUCAUAGUAGUGACUCCACUCAGAGUGAACAAAGCCAGAUGCAGAGUCAAAGCGGAUCACUAUCUGAGAACCCAACAAGGCUGGCCCAGACUAGUGACUGCUCAGAGAAGCGACCAUGGCUGCAGCCACAUACAUCUUUCUGGAUCAGUUCUCUCUGCAGAGACAAGUCCUUCUUUAGAAGUCAUAGUUUUAGAUUCUACAAGGAAGAGAAGUUGAUGAAGAUCUGUAAGAGUAAGACUAAUUCAAGAUACUCAGAGACAGGGGCAGCAUGGAUCAAAGCAAAAAUGUUAACAAACAAGAGAUUGCCAAAGAAAAAGAAGAAAACACAGGGACUACAAGUACCAGUCAUAACAGUCAACACCUGCUGUCGCAGUGACCAGCUGGAAUCAGAGCCAGGAAAAGACAACACCGCAGAAGAAAACUGCAGCAAGACCUGGCUCACAGUGUCCGGACUUGGUCAUGUACACAAGGAAGAGUCUCCAGUCAUUGAUUGCAGAAGCCUGGCAUCGUCUCAGGGUCUAGAACCUUAUAGAUAUCAGAAAAUGAAAACAAAAGAAAUUGAACAACAAUCUAUACAAGUUGGUGAUUCCCUAAAGCAGUCUCAAGAGGAUCUGAAGGAAGCAUCUCUCUGGAAUUCCAGGAGCACCAACCUCAGUAGGAGCUCUCUGUUGAGAAGUUCAGAUGGAGUCGACAAGAUCCCAGCCUCCUUAAAAAGCCCUCAAGAGUCCCACCAUCAUUAUUCAGCCAUUGAAAGGAAUAAUUUAAUGAGGCUCUCUCAGAACAUACCAUUUACACCAAUCCAACUGUUUGCAGGAGAAGAGGUAACCGUCUACAGACUGGAAGAGAGUUCCCCCAUGAACCUAGAUAAAAGCAUGUCCUCCUGGUCCCAGCGCGGGAGAUCUGCCAUGAUCCAAGUGUUGUCCCGAGAGGAGAUGGGGGGGGGCCUCCGCAGAGCCAUGCGAGUCAUCAGCACUUUGUCUGAGGAUGAUGUUCUUGAGCCAGGACAGGUUUUCAUUGUGAAGUCCUUUCUCCCUGAAGUUGUGCAGACGUGGUAUAAAAUCUUCCAGGAGAGUACAGUGCUUCAUCUUUGCCUCAGGGAAAUUCAACAACAAAGAGCUGCUCAAAAACUAAUCUAUACCUUCAAUCAAGUGAAACCGCACACUAUUCGCUACACGCCAAGGUUCCUGGAAGUUUUUUUAAUCUAUUGCCAUUCAGCAAACCAAUGGUUGACUAUUGAGAAGUAUAUGACAGGGGAGUUCCGGAAAUACAACAACAACAACGGUGAUGAAAUCACUCCCCGCAACACCCUGGAGGAGCUGAUGUUGGCUUUCUCUCACUGGACCUAUGAGUAUACUCGGGGAGAGCUGCUGGUUUUAGAUUUGCAAGGUGUUGGAGAAAAUUUGACAGAUCCAUCUGUUAUAAAACCUGAAGACAAACAAUCAAGAGGAAUGGUGUUUGGACCAGCCAAUUUAGGGGAAGAUGCAAUUAGAAACUUCAUUGCAAAACAUCGUUGCAACUCCUGCUGCCGGAAACUCAAACUCCCGGAUUUAAAAAGAAAUGACUAUUCCCCUGGAAGGAUAAAUUCUACCUUAGGACUUGACAUCAAAAAAGAACCACCUGAGGGGCCUUCAGAGAAAGAAAGGGAUGGAAAUUCCCCAGAAGACCAUACACGACUGUAAAAGGAGAAGCAGAAAGACAAUUGUCCUUGCCCUGCCUGCCACGAACUCUCUGGUGACAUCGAUAGAUUGAUUGACACUGAGUACGUCAGAGCCGCAGCAGGAUAGCCUUAUGUGGUGUGCCUCGCUGGGACCAGCCUUCUGAGCCUACCAUCUCCCCUUGCCCAAAGGCCUCUUUGGUCUAUGAUGAAUGGGUUCUCGUAGAUAGAGACCUUGGUACAGGGGGAUUUGCAUGUGUUCUCCAUCCUCAGGUUCCACAUGAAGAUACUUGGAUGAGUCAGCAGGGAAUAUUGUUCUUUUAUACCUCAUUGCUUUAGCUGGUCGCUAGGAAUCCAUGGAGCAAAUUACUGUGCAAUAAAGAACCAGGGGGAUGAAUUUAAUUUAUUUUCUCACUAUGUGUGCAAACUCUACCCCCUACUGCUAUUCAUGACCUCACCCAUACAUUGUACUUAUGUUUAUAUAUGUACAUUAAAAAGUUAUUUGACUUCUUCCUCGUCUCUCUCCAGCAGUCCAGGGCUUUAAAUAGCAACAGUAGGGAGAACAGUGGGAUGAAGGUGUAUUUGUGCAGACUGGAGCGCACUCCUGUUCAAGCUAACUAGUAAAGAGUAUCCUGGUGAAAUCUAGAUGGGUUUGAGCUAUUGUCGCUGAAUCAUGUGAUGCUUGGGCAUUUCAGAUUGCUCUGAAAGAAAGGAAAAGGGAAAUCUAGAGCAAAUGCCCUCGGUUCCCAAACUCCUUUUCUUUAGACAGGACAACAAGGGUGCAUAAAACUGGAAAUUAUUGGAAGAGUUUCCUUUCGCUUAUGCUCAGGAUUACUAUCAGAGAGUGGACCAAGUCAACCUCAGAAACACCACUCUUUCUCCAAAGCUGUGUGUACAAGGAUACUUCAGAAAGGUCAUGGAGAAGUAGAAUUAAAAGAUAAUGCUAUUUUUCUACAAUGAUUUAAAAAUUUUCAUUAUAUACAUUUCCAUGAACUUUUUGAAGACACUUUGUAUACACCGUUUUGGAAAAAAGAGUAGUGUUUCAAAGGUUACAUGCAUGAAUUUCAAAUUUUUUUUUGCGUGAAAAUGAACUUAUCUGUUAUUCCCAUUUUCCAUGGACUUUGUGAAGCAUCUUCAUCCAAUACAUCAUUGCAGGCUAAAUUUUUCUCAGUCAGGUCCUAGGAGGAAAAGUGGGGUUGCAGACUGAAAACAUGUUUCUCAGGUGUUUGCUUUCUGUCAGUGUGAAAUUCCCCUGGAUUUCAGAGCACCAUAUGUAAGUAUUUUAAGUCCAGGCUGAGAAAUGACACUGUCUUCUGAGGGCUGAAGCGAAGGAUCCCUGGAAGCUGCACUGUGUGGCAUGUGUGGGGGAUCGGUCCCUCUUGCGUGCUGGCUGGGUUGUGCUACUUCAAGACAAGUGCCAACUUUAGCUACUUUCCUCUGCAUCUCCUUUCGUAUUAUCUAGUGUUCCAAUGUUGGGUUUGAAAACUCUCAACGUAUAUUUAACUUUAUAAUUUUAUCAGCUGACUUGCUUCUGAACCUGCUUUUAAUAUCUACAUUCCUGCAUUCUUAGGUUCUCCUUCAGGGGAAAUGGUGUCUACAGGGCUGGAAAGCCAAGAUUUUCAUUUGCUGGUGAUUGUGUCUGAUUCUUGUUAGAGUUGCACAAAGGUUAAUUUAUACCACUUUUCUUUUAGGUCUUAGAGUGGUGGCAGGUGGGAAAUUUGGUUGAUUUCUUGACUGACAAUGAGGAUAAAAUGCUAAUACAUUUUUUGAGGAGCUUAGUGGCUUUAUUCUACUCUAGGAAUCAAAAAGGGAUCCAUUGGUACUCACUCCAGUGCUGUGUUCAGUGACAGAAAGGGGGAAUUUGCCUGUCCAAAGGCAAACUAAAGGCAUCAAUUAGUUCAUUGCUCAAAUCAUUGUCGUCUAGAAUGGAACUUGAAAGCAAAUAUAUUUUGGUUUCAAAUUUCUGUGGUGUCCUUUUCUAUUUUUUUUCUCUUUUAUUUUUUGUUUGAGAGAGAGUAAGACAGUGAAAGCUCCCAUCCUCCAACUGACUGCCUAAAUACCCACAAGGUCUGGGGCUAGGCCAGGCUGAAGCUGGGGGCUGGGUUUCCUACCUAGGUGGCAGGGACCUGGUUACUGAAACCAUCACGCCUGCCUCCCAGUGUCUUUAUUCAAAGGAUGCUGGAGUUGGGAGCUGGAAAUGAGAAUGGAACUUGGACAUAUGGGUUGCCAGUGUCUUGAACAAUAGGCCAAAUGGCUGCCCCUGUGCUUUUCUUAAGAAGAAAAAUGAGGAAAAUGACAUUUUAAAAAAGAUGCACUGUUGUGCAAAGGUCAUUGUGGGAUUGCUUGCACGCGAAUGCCGGCGUGGCAGUUUUGACUUUGAGUGAUUCAUGACCACAAAAGGGUGGAGUAUUCAUUCAUUCAGUCAGUUUAAUCAAUCUGAUAUUUAUUAAGUGCCUUUUCUGUACUGCAUUAGUGAUGAGAAUGCCAUGGUGAACAUAGCAUUUCUUUGUCCUAAGAAGGCUUCAUGUGUGUUGUUUCUUUUUGUUUGUUUGCUCCAAGUUUUGAUUUCUAGUAAGUGCUAAGAAAUGUGAUUUCUGGGCAUUGUCAAGUCUGUGUUCCAUACUUUUACCUGCUAGGAUGUUAGAUUCAGGCUGGGAUAAGAGAAUUAGGUCAAAUAGAAAGACAUAUCUAGGGUUGUUUUUGAGAGCCAUUGAGGAAAAACAGACUACACAAUCCUUUCUUGAGCACAAAGCCAGUAUCUCAGAUGAGACUUGAAUGAGGGAAACAGAGAAGCGGCCAGGUUGCAGGGGGUCCUCUCCUGAAGGCAUCCAUUGCUCAAGAUUUUCUUUCCAUGAGGCUGCAUAUUUCUGGAGUGUCUUAUGCCAGGUGCUUUCUUAGUGCUUCUUACAGUUCUGGGGAAUGAAAUCAGAUAGUUUGGGUGUUUCUCACCCUGUUGUUUUCUGUGGCUCUGCAGAGCAAGAACUGUAUGAUUGGUACUUCACACAACCAUUUGCUGAACACUUAAAAAAAAAAAUUUGUUGGGGCUGGCAAUGUGGCAUCGUAGGUCAAGCUGCUUCCUAUACAGGUACCAGUUCUUGUCCUGGAUGCUCCACUUCCAAACUGGCUCUCUGCUACUGGCCUGGAAAAGCAGCAGAGGAUGCCCUAGUUCUUGGGCUAUUGCCACCCAAGUGGAAGACCCUGAGGAAGCUCCUGGUUCCUGGCUUUGGCCUGUCCCAGUCAGGGUUGUUGUGGCCAUUUGGGGAGUGAACUAGCCAAUGGAAGAUCUCUCUGUCUCUCCCGUUGGCUCUGUAACUCUGAGUUUCAAAUAAAUAAGUAACUCUUUUUUUAAAAAAAUUAGUUUCUUAUUGUUGUUUAUGCUUGUUGUUUUAAAUGAGACCAAACAUUUUGGCUUUAGAAGUCAUGAUGCACACAUCACUGUUCUGAUGUGCUGUCCUUCUCAACUGGACACCAGUACCUAGCACAAAAAAUGGCAUGCAAUAUGCUUUCAGCAGUAUUUCUUAAAAAAUAAUAGAACUUCCAUAUGACAGUGGAUUUCAUUCACUAGGUGAUACAUCAGAUUUGCAUUUUUAAUCUAGAAGGAAAUGAUUACCAAUUCCUUAAGACCCAACACAAUUCUUUUGAUCUCUCUCUGUUUUAAUUUUCAAGGAAAUAGCUUUUAACAAGCUACACCUUGUCUAUUGAAUUCUCAACCAGCUCUUGCCCCCAUCACCAUUGGUGAUAACGCCAGAGUGCAGUCCUGCACUGGUGACUAUUGAACUGAGAGGAUAACUUCUCAGAGACUGCCUAGAAAUAAUCAUCACUUUAUUACCCUUUGAAAAGAAGAUUGAUAGAAAAGUCAUUUGAAAGAUGGUUCAUUACCAUGCCCUAGUACGAUUUCUUUACUCACAUCUCUCCAAUGCAGGAGAAAGGGAGGAUUAUUCUCUGAGGUCGGAAUUUGAAGGCUGUGUGUUUGCCUCUUUGAAGUCUUGGUAUUUAAUUUUCUGUAGUCAUUUCUUGGGCAAUUUUCUAAGAAACUAGUUGAAGCUAAUUUAUCAUAAGUUAAAGUCAAAUGACAGAAAAGAUUUUCCCCCCUUAACAGCAUUUUAUUCCGCAGAGGUUAGCUUCUGAAGGAAAAUGAGACUUAAAUAGCAUUUCAAAUCUCCAGCCACAUGGGUGGGUACACAGAAUAGAAAGGAUUCUGGAAACCACACUGAUUUUUUAUUUGUCACAGUUAUUGUUUUGUGAGUUUUCUUUCUAGACAAUGAUGUACAGAUAAAAUAUUGCAUUUUUUGUAAAACAUCUUCCUAAAAUAAUUAGAUGAGUUGCUUAAUUUUUCAAAGAAAGACAUUUAGUGCUCAAGGGACAACAAGCCUUUGUCUCUAUCAUUUUCAGACUUUUAAUAUAACUUUAUAUAAUUUGUUUAACCUCUCUGUUAACCCCUAACUAGCAAAUGGAGAUGAAGAUUCUUACCUUUUCAAACGAAGGUGAACAAUAAUGAGAAAGCAUUCAUAAAGUCCCUUGAGAAUCUCAUUUUAAAGGCUUCUUGUGAGCAUGGGAUCCACUUCAAUAAAUAAUAAGGGGUUUUCAUUUCUGAUACUAUGUGAUCAUUAUUUAAUGUUUAUAGAGGAUGCUCAGUGGACCUGUUUCAGUGUAAACACAAAGUGCUUUCUGCUAUUUCCCCUUCCCUAAGGGGAGUAGUUCAUUCCUCUCUCUGAGUUUUAAAGCUGAAUAAAAUAGUUCAAAAUCAGGAAAUUCACCAUUUCAUAUUAUUUACUAUUUAGUUUGAUUUUGAGUGGAUUUAACAUUACUCAACUAAUUUCUUAUGCCAUCCCUCUUCCCAAAGGUAACCUUCCAGGAGAAGUAAACCUUAGAAUUGACACCAUUAUUGAUGACAUUUUUGGAUCAAUAAAAGAGAGUAGGUUUAGAAUCUUCAUAUUUGUAAAACCUGAUGUUUCAAAACAAUUUUAAUUAAUGGUGAUUUAAAUUUUGUCCAUUUGGGUCUUUCUAGUAAUAAGAAAAUUUUGCCUACAUCUUGGCAACAUCUUUUAGCAACUAAUUUCCUUUAAAAUUCUCAUCUUCUCUUAGUGAAUAUUUUCAUUGUGAGCCUUUAGAAAUUUUAUGUGCUAAAUUAGCCACAAAGUUCUCACCAAUAUGAUGAUACAAACUCUUGUGCUAAUGACUGCCCAAAUGUGAUCCUAACAAUUGCCUUUUGUUUGAGGGAUUUGGGGGACUCUUUCUUAACAUCAUGUGUUUGUAUUUUGGACUCUAAUGAAUCUUUUGCUUUGUUUUCCAUUGAUCACCAACCAACAGGUCAGGGAGCUUCAAGAUGCUUGGGUAACCAAAAGAAAUUCUUAGUGUGUUGUCAUGUUUAGGAGUUGCCUCUUGAAAUGCUAUAGAUAAAGAUUUGGGAAGCAGAGGUGCUGGUAACAACAAUGGCGUGGAGGAGAAACAACUAUGGUUGAGGUUAGAGAGUGUCAUGGACAGUUACAAGGUUAGUGAAUUAUUUUACUGAGGGAAUAGGGGAUAGUGUGUUCUGGAAGACUACAUGUAUAUUGAAGAUGACAACAAACAUAGGCUGGGCUUCUGGGGAGGGAUGUUUGCUUGUUGCUAAAGGGUUUCUCGGGCUAUCUUAGAGGACAGGGUAGGAAGAGAGGUGUGGUGCUGAUUUAUGGUUUAGUCCUUAGUCCCGUACAGUUGUUCAGUGUAUAUCCUAUUCAUGAACCUAACACUAAGAUUAGACUUAUUAAAGAAUUUAUAAUACACUGAUGCAUCAUUGCUCAGCAAUAAUAAUUAUAAUGAUCAGAUUAUUACUAUUUUAGUUAACAUGUAUGAAGUACUCAUUGUAUCCUAGACAUUGUGUUAAAUGUCCACUGCACAUAAUUUAAUUUAAUCUGAACAAUGUCUUACUGAGCUAGGUGUAGUAGGCUGAUUCUGAAGAUUUGAAAAGUUUGCUUAUAAGUGACUUGAUUAAGUCAGCUGCUCAAGGGGGAGCUAGAAUUUUAAACUAAAUCAAAUCAAUGACACAAAGACUAUGAUAAUAGCCAACAUGCUUAAAAUUUCCCCAAGUGUGAAUCCCUCUGAUGGUUUGAAAUGUAGAUUUGAGGAUCAGGACCUAACUUAGGCCAUCAGGUGAGAAUACACAAAUUGGGGUCUGUGGAAUGUUUUCUGGUGUCCUGUCUACUUAUGUCAUGUCAUGGAAAUCUUUGCACAGUGAAUGACCAUCAUGGAUCCUCUGAGUACCUGGGAAAGGCUCCCCCUCUUGACGUGUUCUGAGCUAGGUACAGGAUGAUAAGUGGGUUGUUUUGAGACUGGCACUGAUUCUGCCAGUGGAAUUUUCAGUCUGUACUUGUAUUUCUAUCUCUCUUGCUCCUCUUUUGUCUUCCUAACCAAUUAGAUGUUUGUUGGUCAAUGCAACAAUACUUACCAUUUGAUAACAUCUGGUGACAUGUCAGUUUAUUAAUUUAUAGUGAAAAAUAGAACCUAUGUAAGCUACAAAGCUUUUAUCAGCCUGACCAUCACACUGUGUCUCUGGAGGUCUUGGAAGCUGAAUUGUAAUCAUAAGGUUGCUUGAAGUGCAUGGAAUCAGAACAAAGAGAGGUAGAUAAAUCAAAUGUUUAAUGGUGUCAGGCUAAGACAUCCUGUUUCAUCUCAUCCUCUCUGGAGGGACAGGCUUGCCAAUGGGAGUAGAAAACCCAAAGUCUGAACUACUUCACCCUGAUUCCAAUUUCAAGCAACUCUUAGAUGAGCCUUGAGAAUUAUGAGCCAUAAUGAGAAAUGAUUUCUUCUCCCUUUUUCCAUUCUUCCAUCCCCAAUCUCUCCUUCUCUCUCUCUGUUUUUUUAUCUUUAUUUUUUCUUCCCUCUACUUCUCUUUUCUUCCUCCUUCCCUUCUUCCACCUUCUUGUUCCUAUCUCACUUGCCAUUCUCCUUUCUUUCUCUAAUUCCUUCUUUCUCUUACAUGUUUUUACACUACACUGGCUACAGAAUUGGACCAAGAAACAUUAAUUUUACAAGUGAAGCACCAGUUUUCCCAGAGAUAUGUCAUUAGACAAUGUAAGAGCUAAAAGGAUAGAUAAGAGCAAUGAGAUCCAAAGAACUUGUGCUUCAUCAAGUGUUCAAAUUUGUUAGAAGAGAGACUAGAACCCAGACCUCCUAAAUCACCA